AGCUGGCGAGGCGGCGGCACCGGAGGGCACGGGCCUGCCUGGAGGCGGCGGCGCGGUGCCUGGAUGUUUUGUGUCAAGACUUUGACCAAUUUGAGUUUGUGCCAACAAUGGACACAUCAAGGAUAUGACUGGAGGCUUGCACUGCUGAGGAAGUGGGUAGGAGGUCAUGGAAAAGCUACAGGAUGUAUCAUCAGACUCUAAGGAAGAGGGGGAUGAUGGAAUGGACCCAAAGUCCACAGAAUAUGAAACUCUGGGACCAGAUACUGAAAUAGCCUCCAGUAGUCAAGCAGAUGUAAUGGAAACCACCGCUCAAUCUGUUAUUGUCCAGACCAAAGUCAUCAGUGAGGAGGCCACCACCUCGGGAGUGAAUGUUGAAUGCCGAAUAUGUGGUGAUAAAGCUUCGGGUUUCCAUUACGGUGUCCAUGCGUGCGAGGGGUGUAAGGGUUUCUUCCGAAGAACCAUUCGCAUGAAGUUGGAGUAUGAGAAAUGUGAGCGGAACUGUAAGAUCCAGAAAAAGAAUCGGAACAAGUGCCAGUAUUGUCGAUUCCAGAAGUGCCUGGCUUUAGGAAUGUCCCACAAUGCUAUCCGUUUUGGUCGAAUGCCAGAAGCAGAGAAGAAGAAGCUGGUUGCUGGACUGCUAGCCGGUGAAGCUACAACGGUUCAGAACCCACAAAUAGCUGAUCUGAAAUCAUUGGCAAAGCACGUCUAUGAUGCAUAUCUGAAAAACUUCAACAUGACUAAAAAAAAAGCACGAGAUAUUCUAAGUGGAAAAGCAACCAAGGACCCGCCCUUUGUUAUUCACGACAUGGAGACGCUCUGGCAGGCCGAGAAGAACCUGGUUUGGAAACAGUCGGUGAACGGGAUCCCCAACAAGGAUAUCGAGGUGCACGUCUUCCAUCGCUGCCAGUGCACCACAGUGGAGACUGUGCGGGAACUGACGGAAUUUGCCAAGUGCAUCCCCGAAUUUCUGAACCUCUACCUGAAUGAUCAGGUGACUUUACUGAAAUAUGGUGUCCAUGAAGCCAUUUUUGCCAUGUUGGCAUCAAUUAUGAAUAAGGAUGGUCUUUUGGUGGCCAAUGGCAAUGGAUUUGUGACACGCGAAUUUCUGAGGAGCCUACGUAAGCCGUUCAGUGAAAUUAUGGAACCUAAGUUUGAAUUUGCUGUGAAAUUCAAUGCCCUGGAGCUGGAUGAUAGCGACCUGGCUCUUUUUGUGGCUGCGAUCAUUUUGUGUGGAGACCGUCCUGGUCUGAUGGGGGUGAAGCAGAUUGAAGAGAUGCAGGACAGUAUUCUCCAGGCCCUCAGCCUCCACUUGCAAAGCAACCAUCCGGACUCACAAUACCUCUUCCCAAAGCUCCUCCAGAAAAUGGCUGACCUCCGACAGCUAGUGACUGAGCACGCUCAGCUGGUUCAGAAGAUUAAGAAAACUGAAGCAGAUACUUCUCUGCACCCUCUGCUGCAGGAAAUCUACAAGGACAUGUACUGAGCGACACAGAACCUUCACUGUGUGAUGAAAUCAGCGAUGCAGUUCAAGCGCUUAUC